AUGCUCAGGAAAUUAACCACUCUCAUGACUCAUUCAUUGCCUGCAGCGACAUCACCGCCGCCCUCACUUCCUCCAUACUUGGCGCCGCCUCGUGAUCUUCAGCUUCACCGAAGAAGCUUAUGCCGACCGGAGCAAGCGGGUUUUUGCCCUGGCCGUGGGUGCAGUGACCAGAUCUUCGCGCUGAGGCAACUACUGGAAGAACGUAUUCGUUGCGGCAAAAGGGUUGUGGUUGUUUUCAUAGAUUUCAGAGCUGCAUUCGAUAGCGUCCACUGGCCAGCGCUAUGGAAAGCCCUAGAGUGUGAACACGUUCCGGACAAAAUUGUGAGGCUGUUGCGGGAGGCGUACAAUGGAACUGUCAGCUGUAUCCGCGUCAAGGAUGACGUCUCUGAAGAAUUUCCUGUAAGUGCUGGUGUUCGUCAGGGUGACGUGAUCUCCCCUACGUUGUUCAACGUGGUAAUGGACGCUGUCAUGAGGAAAACUUUCAACGGAAGGCAAGGCGUGCAGUACGGUGAAGGCGGCUUUCUCACUGACCUGAUGUUUGCCGAUGACAGCGCAAUUUUUGCCGAAACUGACGAGGAAGCGACUAACAUCAUGUGCUCACUGUCAGAGAUUGCCCAGUCGUAUGGCCUCAAAAUAAACGCGGAAAAGACCAAGGUGAUGACCUCGGAUGGAUCGCCCGCGUCCGUGCGACUGGGUAGCGUCGCCUUGGAGCAAGUGAGUAAUUUCAAGUACCUUGGAUCGGUCGUUCAAGAAAGGAAAGUGGCUGCCGAGGCUGAGGUCCGCAGCAGGAUUGGUCACGCGUCUAAGACAUUUGCAGCGUUAAAGUGGUGUCUCUGGAAGAAGAGUAACAUAUCACUGAAAACCAAAAUUCGCAUGUUCCGGACGCUGGUGCUCCCGGUGCUACUAUAUGGGUCUGAGACAUGGACGUUGCUCAAGUCGGAUCUCUCUCAUCUCGAGGUGUUUCAAAUGCGUUGUCUCCGCCAUAUGCUCGGGAUCAGGCUUCGUGACCAUGUCACGAACAACGCCAUCAGGGAGAAGUUUGAAGAUCAACCCACAAUCGAGGAACAAUUGAAACUGCGACGGCUACGAUGGUUCGGUCAUCUGUGCAGGAUGGGUCACGACAGAAUACCUAAUAUGCUCCUGUGGAGAAAACGCCCUGCGCAGUGGAAAGUUCAGAGGACGGCUCCAAAAAAGACUUUGGUUGAAGCAAGUUGA